AGCGGAGAAUGCUGACUGCUGCCAUUGUGAGCCUUUGGACAAAAAAAGAGAGUAAAAAUAUUGGGGUUUGAAAAGCAACAGGCUAAAUGCAGUUUUGCUCCAUUUAUUUGCACAACAACACAAUUCGAAUGCAUUACAAAACCACUGUUGCAUUCCUCAAUAUCACGCUACUCUACUCUACCAUCAAGCCUGCAGCCUUAAGGCGGCCUCAACCUACACCACUAUUGGCCAUAUUCUCGACUGAAAACCCUCCUUACGACGACAACCAGUGGAGCGUUACCCCCCACGACCACCAUCGCAUGCGAUUGUCGGGCAAGAUUUCUUUCACAUGUCCGAUGCUCUAAGAUAGAAUUUUGCUGGUUCAAAGACUCGUCGACCACAAAUCAUAGAUAUCAAACAGACACAACUAAAAAUAGAACGUCAGGUAUUGUCUUGUGGGUACGAUCUUAUCUAAGAUAAGAUUAACAAUUUGACAUUUGCGAUUCUCCUUAUGUGUGCAGGGCAACCCGACGGUGGAGAAUCUUGCACAGAGCAAGUGAACUGGUGAUAGGAUGGUGAGGUGUCCCCAUUGUGAUGAAGUCAUCGGUGGAGGAGGACGAUGCCGGCUGGAGCCUGGGAGUGCCAGAGAAGAUGAGGAGCAACGCCAACUGGGUGGACAUCACCCAGGACUUCAAAGCUUCCUGCAGAGAGCUGAAUCUUGGAGAACUGCUCCAUGACAAAUUAUUUGGUCUCUUUGAGGCCAUGUCAGCCAUUGAGAUGAUGGACCCCAAGAUGGAUGCUGGGAUGAUCGGGAACCAAGUGAACCGUAAAGUGUUAAACUUCGAGCAGGCUGUGAAGGAGGGGGCCAUACGCAUCAGAGACUUAAGUCUGCCGGAACUCAUCGGAAUCAUAGACACAUGCUUCUGCUGCCUGAUCACGUGGUUGGAGGGCCACUCGUUAGCCCAGACGGUCUUCACGUGCCUGUACGUGCACAACCCAGAGCCCAUCCAGGACCCUCCGCUAAAGGCCUUCUGCCUGGGCCUGCUCAAGCUCUGCGACAUCGCCCGGGACAAGAUCAACAAGGCCGCUGUGUUUGAGGAGGAGGACUUCCAGGCCAUGACAUACGGCUUUAAAAUGGCCAACAACGUCACAGACCUCCGGGUGACAGGUAUGCUGAAGGACGUAGAAGAUGACCUGCAGAGAAGAGUAAAGAGUACGCGGAGUAGGCAGGGGGAGGACCGCGACCCAGAGGUGGAGCUGGAGCAUCAGCAGUGCCUGGCCCUGUUCAGCAGGGUGAAGUUUACACGACUCCUCCUCACCGCGCUCAUCGCCUUCACCAAGAAAGAGACCAGUGCGGUGAGUGAGGCCCAGAAGCUGAUGAGCCAGGCAGCCGACCUGCUCCCCGCCAUCCACUCCACCAUUCACCAUGGCAACCAGCCCCAUAACGACACCAGCAAAGGAGACCACCCCAUCAUGAUGGGCUUUGAGCCGCUGGUGAACCAGAGACUGCUGCCGCCGACGUUCCCGCGCUACGCCAAGAUCAUGAAGAGGGAGGAGAUGGUGGAGUACUUCAGCAGACUCAUCCAGCGCAUCAUCACCGUCUGCAACAUCAUCACCAACACCAACCUGCACAGCAUACUGGAUUUCUUCUGUGAGUUCAGUGAGCAGUCUCCGUGUGUAUUGUCCCGGUCUCUUCUGCAGACCACGUUCCUGAUAGACAAUAAGAAAGUGUUUGGGACGCAUCUAAUGCAGGACCUCAUUAAAGAUGCCCUCCGAAGCUUCGUCAGUCCGCCCGUCCUCUCCUCUAAAUGCAGUUUGUAUAAUAACCCCCAGGCCAAAGACUACAUAGACUCCUUUCUAACCCACUGUUCACGGCCAUUCUGCAGUCUUAUCCAGAUUCAUGGGCACAACCGCGCACGCCAGAGGGACAAGCUGGGCCACAUACUGGAGGAGUUUGCCACUCUACAAGACGAGGCGGAGAAGGUGGAUGCGGCGCUGCACAGCCUGCUGUUGAAGCUGGAGCCUGGCCGUCAGCACCUGGCCUGCGUGGGCACCUGGGUGCUCUACCACAGCCUGCGCAUCAUGAUCCUAUACCUGCUCAGCGGCUUCGAACUCGAACUCUACAGCACGCACGAGUACUACUACAUAUACUGGUAUCUGUCGGAGUUCCUGUACGCGUGGCUGAUGUCGACGCUGAGCCGUGCCGACAGCUCCCAGAUGGCGGAGGAGAGGAUCCUGGAGGAGCAGCAGAAGGGGCGCAGCAGCAAGAAGAGCAAGAACAGGAAGAAGAAGGGUGAGGGGACCCUGCAGGCUCGUCCUCUGGGUAAAGAGAUCACCAUGAGCCAGGCCUACCAGAACAUGUGUGCUGGCAUGUAUAAGACUAUGAUUGCCCUGGACAUGGACGGCAAGGUGCGUAAGCCUCAGUUUGAGCUGGACAGCGAGCAGGUCCGCUACGAGCAUCGCUUCGCCCCCUUCAACAGCGUGGUCACGCCCCCUCCUGUCCACUACAUCCAGUUCAAGGAGAUGUCCGAUCUGAAGAAGUACAGCCCCCCUCCCCAGUCGGCAGACCUGUACAUGGCAGCUAGUAAACACUUCCAGCAGGCCAAGCUCAUCCUGGAGAACAUCACCUGCCCGGAUGAAGAGGUAAAUCGUAUUCUCAAAGUGGCUAAGCCCAACAUUGUAGUGAUGAAGCUUCUCGCAGGAGGACAUAAAAAGGAGACCAAGGCAAUGCCAGAGUUCGACUUCUCCACACACAAAUAUUUCCCCGUGGUCAAAAUCAUCUGAGGCCGGUCAAAAAGUGUUCCCACACACACACACACACACCUGCAACAAAGUAUGGAUGGAUGAACAGCACACUGGAACUCUGUGUCCUCUGAAGGCCAUUUUAUUGUCCUCAGCGCUCCCCAAAAAAAACAAAUUUCAUCAUCUUUCACAUCAGCACAGGAACAUACACCAA